CCGAGAGGCGGGGGAAGGUAGAGCGGCACCAGCCAGAGGGGCGGGCGCCUUCGGGUGCGAGAGAGGCGGGAGUGGCGGGCUCAAGAGGGUAUUGUAACGGUCCCUCGACCGCCCGCCUGCCUGCCCACCGCCAAGUUCCGCCGGCGUCUGCGCUCGGCACCUACCAGAAGCAAGAAGACAGCGGUUCUGUCUGCUUGGUGCCAAAAUGCAGCUUCAUAAGGAGGAUUUGGUGAGCUGUCUCUGACAGUGAAGUCACAGAGAAGGAGCCAGGCAGCCAUUGGCUGGGAACCCUCAGUCUUCCCUGGCUUCCAGGGUUUUUCCUACUUCCUACGAGCAGCAAUGGAAAAGCCUGCAACCAGGAAAAAGAAGACCCAGGCCCCAAAGGAGGAAGCAGGGGUGCAAAAGGCCACUCUCAAAGCAGAGAAAACAUCAAGAGGGAAAAAGCCAACCAAAAGGAAAGCCCGAAAGCCCCGCAAAGAGCGUGUCCUCAGUCCCGAAGAUGAGGCGACUCUCUUCGAUGCCUUCGAUGCCUCAUUUAAAGAUGACUUUGAGGGUGUCCCUGUCUUUGUUCCUUUCCAAAGGAAGAAGCCCUAUGAGUGCAGUGAAUGUGGGCGAAUCUUUAAACACAAGACAGAUCACAUUCGCCACCAGAGAGUUCACACUGGAGAGAAGCCCUUUAAGUGUAACCAGUGCGGGAAGACCUUCAGGCACAGCUCAGAUGUCACCAAGCAUCAAAGAAUCCACACCGGUGAGAAGCCCUUCAAAUGUAGCGAGUGUGGAAAGGCCUUCAACUGUGGCUCCAACCUUCUGAAACACCAGAAAACGCACACUGGAGAGAAGCCCUACGGCUGUGAGGAGUGUGGAAAAUCCUUCGCCUACAGCUCCUGCCUCAUCCGCCAUCGGAAGCGUCAUCCAAGGAAGAAGCACUGAGCAGGGCAGCCUGCAGCUAUGGAUCCUUGUCACAUAUCUGAUGAUGAUCCAGGUUUCCUGUGCGGUGCGCUGUUGACUGCCCAUCUGGCUGCCUGUUUCUGUCCUAAAAAGGAAAACUCACCCAUCAGACAUGAGAGCCCAAAGAGACUUUCUGCCCUGUGAGUCUAACCUAGUGCUAACACGGUGCUCCCCAGGGCUUCCUGCAGCUCCAGCCAUUUUCCAGACUACUCCAUGCUACUCAGGGCCAUCUUUGGAAUAGCUUUGGGUAGCCGAGAACUUAAACAGCGUGAGAGGCGCCCCUGUUGGCAAGGGCCACUGCCUUCCUUUGAUGCCUCUGCCUGCACCAUCCGCUGUGCUUUUGGCAGUUCUUCUGAAGGCUUCUGGCUCUGGAUGCCCAGCCCCAUGCAGUCUGCUAGGGGUGGGGAACCCUGACAUGGAUGGCAGGCAACACUGACCAGCUCUGAGGUCCCAAUCCCCUUGGACAGUCCCAGGUCCUGCUCAUCUCUGUGCAGCUGACUUCAGUGAUCCUGAAUUUUUUUCUUUUUUUGGCUGAAGUCUCUCUUUUGUCUGGAACAAGUCUCUGAGCUCAGCACUUGGGCCUGGAACUGGGCUGCACUGUGUUUCCUUGUCCCAGCCACAUCUUAGACAAGUAGCCUGGACCCACCCGAAAUGGGCUUAGCAGACCCUUGUACCCUGCCAUAGUGGCAGAUUUUUUUUUUUAGACUAGGUCUUGUAGCUCUAGGAUGCCAUCAGCAGCAUCUCUCCACUGUACCUUUAAAAAAACAACUGUGGCCUGUCCCCUGCUAGUCAGGUUAGAUCCACUUUCUGCCGGUCACCAGGGCAAGACCAUGUGGCUAUGUCUGCUCUGUCGCAAGUGCUCUGUGAAGUCUGUGUCUUAAGGACAACAAAUUGACUACUGACCGGGAGGGAUGCAUAGAAAAGGCUCUAGAUACAGAGUGCCAUUCAAGUAAAUAAUACUGCCCCCAUGUUGGCCCUGAGAAACACCUGCAGCAGUGCCUGGGGGCAGAGUUGAGUCAUCCCUCCUAGUCAUCCCUUCGGCCAACAGGCUGCUAGAUCAGAUCUCCCCAGCAAGAAGCUCAGAGGACUCAAGAGAGUCGGCCUCUACCUCUACCACAGGACCCAGCAGAGGCCAAGCGGGUCAUACACCAGGGAGGCUGUCAUCACAGAAUCCAUUAGCAACAGGAGAGCUGUAGAUGGGUGAGCUCAGGGUGGUAUUUUAGACUCCAUGUGAUGACUACAGGGCACUCUCACUUGUUCCCACCCUGAAGUUGAGAUGGGCCACAUCACAUCACCCACAAGCAACCAUUACUUCUGGCUUGCUGUCAGCCCACUGAAGAAUCCCCAGCACCAGCUCUUUACUUCAACGAGAGACUCUGACAGCCACCUGGCAACAAACUAAAUGUUCAGAACCUCCUGAAUGCCUUGAGAUGUGUCCUUAGAACAAUUACGAGCACUACAGCAAAGUGUUGGGAUUCUGAUUCCAGAAGCGUACUCAGCCGCAUCGAGAAAUUUCUGGAACGUGCAAGGCAGCUCCAGCUGUCAGCACGUUCACUGCCACAUCGGGUGGGCCUUGUUGUACAGGAAGAGUUCUGACCAGCACAGCUGCUGCUGAGCCUCACUUAGAGCAGAGAGCACUGCCAGGGCCUGAUAACAAGAGAGAGGGAGCCAGAGCUCUGAGCCGUACUGACAUCCAUCCCUGCAGCCUCUUCCCAGCCAAGAGAAAAGGCAGGAGCCACCUCUAGAGACUCUUCCGUUUGGGGAGACCAGUGGGUUAGACUUGAUAGCUGGCUCCUUCCAGUCUUGGAAGCCUGUAGCUCCAGGGCACACCUGGACUUUAUUCUUUCUGACAUUGGUCCCCUCCCAGUUUGACAUCAAGACACAAUCUUUUCCUGUGUCAUUGAGUUGGGACACCCAAGAUGCCCUGAAGAAGGCAGUGCUGAGGAAGAAAGGCUGUGUGCCCUUACUCAAGGGACAGAUGUUCUGUGGCUUCUCGGGAAGACUCAAGGGGGUUGGGUCACCUCUGGUGUGAACCCCAGGUACAGUGCAGACAAGGAGUCUGGCCUAUGUGCCACAUUUACCCUUAGGCCAAGAGAUGGUGCCCACCAUCAGCCUAUCCCUUCCAGAACCUUGUGCCUGUGGACUUGGGUGCUUGCUUUCUCCUGGUUCCUUCUCAAGGAAGACAAGUAAAUUGUCCUUUCCUGACUUAAAUCACCAGAGACUGAUGCUUUCGUGUGGCAGCUCCCAGCCAACAUCUAGGUGAGGGUGUUGCCCUGCGGCUGGGCCUACAGUCCUGGCUCUGGACCUGCAGAGGGUUCCUGGCACCUGUGAACUGGUAGCACUCAGCUGUCCACACCUUACCUCAGACACAUCAGUGAUCUGGUGGACUCAUCUUUCUUCUAUCUGGCUGGUGCAGACACCUGAGUGUCUUAAUGCUCUAUUCAUUCCCUGCAGGUUGUGUCCUGCCUUCCUGUGCUAAAUUGCAGUGGUGAAUUCCUCUUUAACAGCCACAGCCUGGCCUGCUGUGCUGUAGCAGAUGCUGUCCCCAGUCUGGUAUUUCUGUGUCAAAGCUGUUAGUGCUUACUUUCAUGUAAUAUCCUGGUGCUGUGUCAGUGUUGUGCACAUUGGACUAGAUAUUUUGUUUUGCUGUGUACUUGGUGGCUUCCUUCGUCUGUGAUCCCUCUACUCCAUGGACAGCUUCACUGACCUCCACAUUGCCUUCCUGUUGCUGCCAUGGUUUUUGUGAGCAGAUGCUGCUGCUGCUGCUACUGGAUUCUAUUUUCUCAUAAAAGUAAAUGUGUUUCCAACCUG